GGUUGUCAGCCAAUCACACGGCGUUAUGUUGGGCGCCAAAAAUGCUAGUUAUAAAAAUGGUACGUCGUAAGGGUUUGGUGCUGGGAUUGUUGUUGCUGGCGUCGAUGCUUGCGGCGCUGCCGGCGGGCUGGUGGUUCGCGCGCGCUGUCAGCCGCGGCCUGAUGCUGCCCGCCCCGCCGCCGCGCGACCUCACGCACUACAUGCGUACUAAGAGUCUGCGGGACUACUUGAUAAAAAUUGAUAUUCUGAUCGAGCCCACGAGGACAUCGUGCGACACAUUGUCCAACAUCCCAGUACUGGUGAUGGUGAUUAGCGCGCCUAUGCACUUCGACUACCGCAACGUGAUACGCAAGACGUGGGCCAAGUACCAGCCCACACUCUUCAUCAUGGGCACCCACAGGACUCAUAGCGAGAGCAUACUGGGUGGAAACUAUUUAGAAUCGAAGCAAUUCAAUGACAUUUUGGUAUUUGACUUCUACGAUCAGUACCAAAAUUUGACUUUAAAAACUGCACUGAUGCUGAAAUGGGCGUCGGAGAGGUGCCCGCAGGUGAAGUUCCUCUUCAAGACAGAUGACGACGUCCUGGUCAAUCCCUGGAUUUUACAGAGAGUAAUAAAAGAUCAUCCACACGCGCAACUCCUUGGUUACAGUAUAAACAAGACAAAGCUGCACAGAGAUGAAUACAACAAGUAUUACGUACCUCGUUGGCUGUCCAGAGACGAUCUCAUACCUCAGUACCUUUCCGGCACUGGAUAUUUGAUCAACGGUGCUUAUAUGAAAAAGAUUUUAUACACCGCAUAUUUAGUCCCCAUGGUGAACAUGGAAGAUGUUUAUAUCACAUAUCUAGUGGCUAAGAAGACGCUCAACUUGACCCUCACUCAUGACAGGAGGGUCAGCCCUAUGAGACCCUUAGUAACCCUUAGUUGUCUAUAUUGGCAUUUAGCAGCUGCCCACAGCGUUAGACCGUCGGAGAUAUUAAAGAUAUGGCCCAAUUUGAAAAUAAUUGGAAAGGAAUAUAAUAGAAAGAAAAAAGUCUGCUAUGGAUAUGAAUUCUUUAAUAAAGAUUUAUUUUUGUAUUGA